CAACCGUACCAGGUGUAUUUGAUCGCGCGCAUCCGCCCUGCGCACGGCAAGCCCGCAUAUCGAUGCAUAACCGGCUUCCACAUCCAGUGGUGCUAUGGCGCAUACCCCCUCUUUUCCCUCUACCGAUUUCUCCGCCUCCUGAGCCAGUCGGAGAAUGCGGCAGUAGUACGUGCAGAGCUGCGUGAGAUGGACGCAAAAUACGGACGCAAGGGCGAUGUCGACAACCCGAUGCCCGACUUCCCCUGUCCCUACACCCUCUCACUGCUAGCAACAGCUUGCACGGCCAAUCUUGAU